AUGGGAAGCAACGUGGCAACAACCAGUUCCGCAUCCGGUCAGGUCGCUGAUCGGAGCUCUCGUCUACCUCCUCCGCCGACUGAAUUUAGAUCCGGGGUAGGAGUAUCCCUCCCAUCCGAAGGUCUGUUCUAUAAAUCGAAAUUCUGGUCAGAGUUAACACUCAAUACUCCUCCAACUAUCGAUGAUGCUCUUCAUAAAGCCACCAGAUACAUUACUUUGGAGGAGGAAACAGCCGCAUUGGAUAAACUCCACAAGAAGCCUCAGAAUCACUCAAAAGGUGAAUCCUCUGAGGCAAAGGGACCUCACAAAAGGGGGAACCCCCGAAACAACCAAACUCAGGGAGAACAUUCCUACGCAAUCGAGGAAGACAAGGAAGAGAAACCUGUCGCCGCAGCGAACAAAACUCCCUGGUCAAAAGGCUUUGAUAAAAACAAACAUUGCUCUUAUCAUGAUCGAGAAGGGCACUCAACUGAGGAAUGUUGGGACCUCCAACGACAACUGGCAGCUAAAUUCGCAGCUGGAGAAAUAAAGGGCGUGGACCUUAAAAAGCCACCACCUUAUCAGAAAAGAGGUUCCAGAGACACCUCCCCAAAGCGCGAGAGGUCACCCGAGAAGGAGACCGAUUCGCCACCUCCAGCUCCCAAGAAAAGAGUCGACAUGAUUCUUGGGAAAUUCCCCCAAGGAAAAAGUUUACAAGUCGAAGCUCUCUUGAGCAAACCGUCCCCUCAAUCGAGCCCCGACUCGAGGGUGGACUGUAUCCUUGGAGGAUCAGACAUAUGUCAAGACUCCGUCAAUUCCAUUAAGAAUCACGUACGGAAGGCUGUGUCUAACACUGGACCUAAGCCUCCUAACCCCGAGUCCAAUACUAAGAUUUCUUUCUGGGAAAGCGAGACCUCAAACCUCGACAGACCUCACGAUGAUGCGUUGAUUGUCACCCUGAACAUCGCAGGAUACGAGGUCCCUAAACUCAUGAUAGACACAGGAAGCUCUGUCGACCUUAUUUUCUAUAACACCCUAAAAGGGAUGGAAAUAGACGACUACGAAAUUAUUGGCCAAAAAACAAAAAAGGAGCUCAUUGAUUUCUUGAAAAGCAAUGUCAAAACCUUUGCAUGGUCCACCAGCGACAUGAAAGGCAUAGAUCCGAACGUCACCACCCAUAAGCUAAAAGUAGACCCUACUUUCAAACCGAUCAAACAAAAGCGUCGCAAGCUAGGCCUCGAAAAGGCUCAAGCUGUUAACGACGAAGUUGACCGACUUACGAAAGCUGGAUCCAUUCGAGAGGUACACUACCCCGAUUGCUUCCCGUUACCUCACAUCGACCGUUUGGUUGAAGCAACAGCUGGCCAUCGACUCCUAUCCUUCAUGGAUGCCUUCUCAGGAUACAACCAAAUCAUGAUGGAUCCUGAGGACCAGGAGAAAACCGCAUUCAUAACCGAACGAGGAACCUAUUGUUACAAGGUUAUGCCAUUCGGAUUAAAAAACGCAGGAGCUACCUAUCAGAGGCUAGUAAAUAAGAUGUUUGCUGGACAACUUGGAAAAACCAUGGAGGUCUAUAUUGACGAUAUGCUAGUCAAAUCCUCAGCUGGAGAAGACCAUAUCUCCCACUUAAGGGAAUGCUUCGAUAUCCUUAACAAGUACGAUAUGAAGCUCAAUCCCACUAAAUGUACUUUCGGGGUACCCUCAGGCGAGUUCCUAGGAUUCAUAUCCAAGUCCACCGAUAAGUGCCUCCCAUUCUACAAACUUCUAAGAAAUAAUAAGAAGUUCCUAUGGGACGAGAAAUGUGAGGAAGCCUUCAAACAAUUGAAAGCGUACCUCUCCGAACCUCCGAUCCUAUCCAAACCUGUAGUAGGAGAGCCACUAUACCUGUACCUCGCUGUAUCGACUGCUGCAGUUAGCGGCGUGCUGGUACGAGAGGAACAAAACGAACAAAGACCUGUCUAUUACACCAGUAAGAGUUUGAUAGACGCCGAAACAAGGUACCCUGCAAUGGAAAAAUUAGCUCUGGCAGUUGUGACAGCUGCCAGAAAAUUGCGACCUUACUUCCAAUCGCACUCAAUCGUCGUAAUGACCUCACAACCAUUACGAAUGAUAUUGCACAGCCCUAGCCAGUCAGGGCGAUUGGCCAAAUGGGCCAUAGAGCUCAGUGAAUAUGAUAUUGAGUAUAGACCUCGAGCAGCAGCGAAAGCUCAGGUCCUUGCCGAUUUUAUCAUUGAACUACUAAACGCUUAUAGUUAUUCACAGUUUCACGGAGAAUAUGAAACGAGGGACGAAAGAAUGGGGGCAUAUCUCGAAGUCGUCCAGAACCUCACCAGGCAGUUUGACAAAUUCGAGCUAACAAGAAUCCCACGAGGAGAGAACUCCUCAGCAGAUGCGUUGGCUGCUUUAGCCUCCACGUCAGACCCCCUCGUAAAACGGAUCAUACCCGUAGAAGGAAUCGAAAAACCAAGCAUCGACAUAGCUACUAAAGCCGAGAUAGACGGCAAGCUAACAGAGCAACCUGAAGGUACCUGCCCUGAAACGACCCCGGACAAUAAUGAAGGAAUUGGAGGUAUUCCUCGGAAUUCAGACUCCCUGGAGCCCAAUCCUACAAAUACCUCCGGGGGCACCACGACACCAGGUCCCGAACAGGAACCUCCUUCGUCUCUUCAUAACAAAGUUGUAGGGAGAGAGGAUUGGAGAAUUCCAAUCACGCAAUACAUCCUGGAAGGAAAGACCCCACCCAAUAAAUGGGAGGCUCGGAAGCUCAAAGCAUUAAGCGCGAGAUACUGCGUAAUCGAGUCUGUCCUCCACAAACGAAGCGUUUCCGGACCUUACCUAAAAUGCGUCCAUGGCCUCGUUGCUAUGAGACUCAUGAAGGAAAUGCACGACGGCUCCUGCGGGAACCACUCUGGAGGAAGAGCUCUAGCCAUCAGAAUCAAAAGACAAGGAUAUUUCUGGCCUACCAUUAUUGCAGACUGUGAGGCCUAUUCCUCUUCAUGCGACAAGUGCCAGAGGCAUGCACCGAUUAUACACCAACCUGCGGAAAAGUUGUCCAACAUAUCCGCCCCUUACCCAUUUAUGAGAUGGUCCAUGGACAUCGUAGGACCACUAGUAGCGUCAGGAAGUGGAAAGAAGAAGCUACGCUUCCUCUUAGUCCUAACAGACUACUUCACGAAAUGGAUAGAGGCUGAAGCUUUCCAGCAGGUAACCAGAGUCGAGGUCGAACGAUUUGUGUGGAAAGAAAUCGUGUGUAGACACGGCGUCCCAUAUGAAAUCGUAACUGACAAUGGAGGACAGUUCAUAUCCCACGACUUCAAAAUAUUUUGUGACAAGUGGAAUAUUCGCCUGACCUUCUCAACACCUCGACGACCUCAAGGAAACGUGGAAGCUGUCGUCCCAGCCGAAACCAUUGCUGGUAGCCUCCGCCGGGAACUCUGUACAUCCGACCCCGCAGCUAAUGAUCAGCUCCUAACAGACAGCCUCGAUCUAAUCGAGGAAAGACGGGACCGAGCUCUGAUUCGCAUUCAGAACUAUCAGCAAGCAAUGGCACGACAGUACAAUUCCAAAGUCAGGCCCCGACAGUUCGCUGUAGGUGACCUAGUACUUAGGAAAGUUUUCGAAGGAACCAAGGAACCAGAUGCUGGAAAGUUAGGAACCAACUGGGAAGGUCCUUAUCAGAUCAUCCAUGUGGUACGACCUGGCGUUUACAAGCUCCGAAAGGUGCGAACCGGGGUACCUGAAAUCAGAUCGUGGAACGCCACGAAUCUUAAGAGAUAUUAUCAUUAGGUACCUAAAACUCCUGAACUACGUUAGGCUUGAUCCCUUGACUGGGUACGUAGGCAACUCCGUCAUGAGUGCAGCCCCAACCUCAUUUCAACACUUUGUUCACCACAACCAAAGGGGGCAUAUGUCUGAUUAAAAUCACAUAGCUCAAGCAGCAAGUGUAUGAUCAUUAUAAUACAGCAAUUGUAUGAUUACUAUGAUACCAUGUAUCCAAUUACCAA